GCUAUACAAAACUAUUGCCAACCUAUUACUCAGUACAGCACCAAACCCUGGCUUGAAUAAACCUCAAAACUAGGGACCUAGGAGACCCAACGGAAUGCUUCUUCCUCCGCAGCUGCCUCCACCCUCUUUACCAAGAGCGAAACUCUACCGUCUCUUUCUUCAGCAUCUCCGUUUCCUCCCUGAUCCGCAAGUAUGGACCACGAGCGUUCCAAGAUUCCGCAAGCUACUAGAGACACCGGGCCCUUCACCCUCUGGAUCAAAUCCUUCUGAUAAUGAUGAGAGCCACAAAGUGGUUGAGAUAAGAGAGUGGAGACGAGAGAAAGCAUUGAAGAAGGCGCACAAGGAGCUCAACAAACUACGCGCGGCUGUUGCUUGUCACCCUCAUGCUCUCGCUAGACUGUUAGAAGAGAGCUACGGACAACGUGGCAGCCUACGAUGGCAACGUCUUCAGGAAAUAUCUGCUCCUUAUGGUUCCAUCUUGUCACAAACCUCGCUCCCCCCUCCCCUCAUGCCCCUAAGGCCUCCACCACCCCCACCGGACGAUUCACAACCUCGGGCACGUAAGCGAAUGCCUACGUGCAGGUUACGCAAGCAAGCCCAGCGGCUAGUGCAGAGGGAUUGGAAGGGUGUCCAGCCUCCACUUUAUCUUCCCACCUCGUCAGAAUUAAAGGAUAAUGAUGUUGAUAAAAAGGGAAGGACGAUGGUGGAUAACCUUAGGAUCUUUGCUGGCCUUUCAGAAGAACCUACAAGUCCCUUGACUUCCGCUGCAGCGCUGGACCUAUCCCCAUUGCCAUCAAACCUGUCGCGCAUCUUCCCAACCAACCCUCGAAAAACUCGUUCUCUACCCCUACCGCCAUACCCACCACCAAGGCCAAAACAUACUCGUUCAAAUCCGCACACCUGGAGUUUACCUCGGAAAUUGUGCAGUAGAUUGGUGCGAAGAAUAUAUAAGCGCCUUUGGGACAAGCUUAUUUGGGUUCGCCCUGUGAAGGGAGACAAGUGGAAAAAGUGCGGAUACAGAGAACUUCAAAAUUGGGAGCAGGGGCUCAUCAAAGAGUCUUUGGUGGAGACGGACCCGGCUAGCAAUAAAGGUAAGAAGAGCAAGAAGGAAAAAGCGAUAGAACGUACACCAAAGAAUAUCGAUUCAUCUAAGUGGAGCUGCGCCACACCCGAGGAUAGACAAUGGCUGUUAUUUGGCAAAAUGCAAACCUCAUGAGCCUGUUUUAACGCUGAUAUUAUGCAUUCAAA